UUUCCGGUCUCGGGUCUGUCUGCUCGAGCUGCAGCACCGCCAUGUUGUCCCGUUCCCGGUGCCUGGCUCGGAGCCUGAGCCGCUUCGCCGCCAGCCGCAAUCCGGGCGGCCUGCAGGGUAAUGGCUCACAACGAUGUAGAGGUCCCUCUGUGUGCUAUCGGUCAAUCCAUGAUCAAAGCAGACAGCUUUCACAAAAUGUCUCUAAAUUCAGCAUCUUCCACCUCCGACACUUUAAGACAUCAGCAGUCUUUAAUAAUGAAGUGCUAACAGUAAAUACACCACCCUUUGCAGAGUCUGUCACAGAGGGUGAUGUCAGGUGGGAAAAAGCUGUUGGUGAUGCAGUAAGUGAAGAUGAGGUGGUAUGUGAAAUUGAAACUGAUAAGACAUCAGUGCAGGUUCCUGCUCCAUAUGCUGGUAUCAUCGAGGAGCUUCUGGUACCUGAUGGAGGUAAAGUGGAAGGAGGAACCCCUCUCUUCAAACUCAGGAGGGCAGAAGUUGGUGCUGCAAAACCUGUACCAGAAGUCUCUCCCACCCCUAAACCAGAUACAGCACCACCACCACCACCACCUCCAGCUGCAGCUGCAGCAGGGGCAAUUCCUACCACAAUGCCACCUGUACCACCAGUAAAUAUGCAGGCCAUAGAUAGUAAACCUGUGUCGGCAGUGAAGCCUUCUGUUGGAUCCCUCGCCCCAGCUGCAGAUGUGGGGGUGAAAGGUGUCCGAUCUGAGCAUAGGGUUAAAAUGAACAGAAUGCGGCUACGAAUUGCGCAGCGACUAAAGGAGGCUCAGAAUACUUGUGCCAUGCUGACUACCUUCAAUGAAAUUGACAUGAGUAAUAUCCAGGAAAUGAGAACUCUACACAAAGAAACUUUCCUCAAGAAACACAAUAUAAAGUUAGGUUUUAUGUCUGCGUUUGUCAAAGCAUCUAGUUUUGCACUGCAGAAUCAGCCAGUGGUAAAUGCUGUUAUUGAUGAUACAACCAAAGAAGUGGUCUACCGUGAUUAUGUUGACAUCAGUGUUGCUGUAGCAACCCCAAAGGGCCUGGUAGUCCCCGUGAUCCGAAAUGUUGAAACAAUGAACUACGCUGACAUUGAGAAAGCAAUCAAUGAGCUGGGAGAGAAGGCCCGUAAAAAUGAGCUGGCUAUAGAAGACAUGGAUGGAGGUACUUUCACGAUCAGCAAUGGAGGAGUGUUUGGUUCAAUGUUUGGGACACCAAUCAUUAACCCGCCCCAGUCUGCCAUUCUUGGCAUGCAUGGCAUUUUUGAGAGACCAGUUGCAGUUAAGGGCCAGGUUGUGAUUCGUCCAAUGAUGUAUGUGGCCCUUACCUAUGAUCACCGUUUGAUUGAUGGCAGAGAAGCUGUGCUUUUCCUUCGAAAAAUUAAAGCUGCAGUUGAAGACCCUCGUGUGCUGCUUCUUGACAUUUAGACUCAGUUAUUUAAAGGAAAACAUACUUAAUAUACCACAUGCAUUUUCACAUAUUAAAUGUUUGUUCAACUUUUUUUUGAUGUUUAAAAUUAUAAAUGAAUGUUUUAUGGACAGAUUGCAAUUUUGUAGGAGUGAUUUAUGAUGGAAGGAUAUUGCAUGUCAGGGUCUUAGCUAAACUGUUUAAAGUAACUGGGUAUACUAGCAUGGCUAAUUUGUCACUGGUCUUUUUGUUGAAGAAAGCAACUUUGAGAUUCCUCCCUCAUAAUUUGGUAAUAAACAAACACAAGUGGUUACACUGCAAGAAACUGCAAUGGUGCACUGGUGCAAGAAGUGGAAACGUCAUACUGAUACAUUGGGUUUGCUUAUCUUUAGAUUGUCACAAAGGCAAGUUGUGAAGCCUCUAAGAAAUAAUGUUCUUGAUGGAGUAUUUCAUAAUUGUGGAGCAGUGCUAAAAUAUUUCCUUUUCCACCACUGACCAUGUUUAAAUGCACUGUCUAAACUGAGAAUACCUCAGCAACAUUGCUGCCCAUUUAUUUAAGUAUAGGGAGAAGCUAAACUCAUUGUCCUUGUUCUGGGAUUUUGUGUUGCAAAAAUAUUACUGUUCCUGCAGCAAAAUUGCCUAAAUCUGAGAGUACUUGAUCUUAACUUCCCAGUUCCUGUGACUCACCAUGAGACUUCAGGCUAACAGGAUUAAUGUGUUCCUGGAAUUUAUUUCUGCUGUUAAAGUUCAUGUACAUUUGUAAUUAAGGAACCUCAGAAGAUAUUUUGGAUAACAAAGGUAGACAGUGGGGUUCUACAUCUCUCAAACUAUGAUGAAACCAUUCUAUCGCAAAACCAAUUUAGAGUGUUUUGUCAGAUGAGGCAAUUUGAAUUACAAAAAUGCUAAUGUUAAUGUCGAAGUACACGGUUCCCUUUGGUAUAGGGAGGUCACUAGAGUUGCCUGUAGGCUUGCGUAUAAAUUUACAGCAUUAAAAAAUUGUAUUUCACUUGCACUAAACCUGUUCAGGUUUUGCCUAUUGCUUCAUCUUUGUAUAAGAUUUGCUACUAUUUCAUUCUUUUCACCUUCCAUCACUCCCCUUUCUGAAAUGCUCAGUUGAAAUUAGGGAAUUUAAAGCACCUAUGUGUCAAACAGGAGAUCCUCUUUGUCAGUCUGCUGUGCUGCAUAAUAUUAGUCAAGUUGCCCAAGUACCACACUAUGGGACCACGUCACUACAUUGAGAACAAAGCAGUAUGUUUCAAACCAAUCCAAACAACUUCUGGCAUGGAAUUACUUCCUGCUCUCAGAAUUAAGCUAGCUUUACAGAUGGAUAAAUACGCACAAUUUUUUCAUCCCGCAUGGUGCUGAGGUCUGCAGACAGUAUUAGUAGGGUUGGCAAACUUAAAACACCAUGUCAGGGCAUUAUUUAAAUUAGCAUAUCUUUGUAUCUUUAUAGUCUUUUUGUAUGUAAGAAAAUAUUCCUCCACCCUUGAGUGAGUUCAGUUCUUUAAAAGUAAUUAUUAGCUGUAAAGUAUUGCCUUACAUGCAAUGUCCUUCUUAUGUAGAUGGAUUAUAAUUGUACAAAUUGAUAAAUGGUUGACAGCUGGUUCUGAAAAGAAAAUAAGGACAGCAGUCUACUAUUCUUCUGGAGAACAUGGCAGUCAGUUGGGAUUUGCCAGUCUUGCACUGUGGUCAAAAGUAUACAAUACAUUAAAAGAUUGAGAAUGAAAGGCUGAUUGGGUGGAGUUGAGUGAUAUUGUUUGGUGAUGGGGGUGCUGAUGGAAGCAAAAUGUAAAAUGCUGGGAAUGAGGAGAGAGAGCAUUAUAUUUCAAUUUACAGGGUACAUGUAUCCUCUUUGACGUUACUGGGCUUUAAUCAAAACAAAAUGACCCAGCUAUCUUCCUUGCUGAGGACAAAUAGACAUAGUCACUAGUGUUGUUCCCAGUUUCCCUCAGACUUGCACAUUGUUGCCUAACAGUGAUACUGAGUAUCCAUAUUACUUUCCUCAAAUUGUGCAACUUUUAAAUAUUUGGUACAUGGUCAUGGCCAUGUUUUUACUUGUGGCACAAUCUAAUUUGUUGCAAUUCAGGCCAUGGGAGACAGUUAGAUGUAUGUAUGCCUUUUAUUCUUUAAAUCACCUGCACCGCAGUGCGGUUAAUGGGAGAAAAGAAGCCAACCUGAGAGUGCUAAAUAGAUUUACUAACCAAAAUAGUAAAGAGAACAAAGUCCUGGAGGGUUACUGAGGGCUUGCUUCCGUACAACCUUUUGUGUGCUUGCUGGAUGACUCAUAUUUCAUUGUAUCAUUUGAUCCACUCCUAGUUGCUGCUUUGUCUGAUGUGACUUUCAUGACACUUGGGAUGUUUAGUAUUGCCAUGUACCACUCAGUUAUUGAAAUUCCAAAGAGAUUAACAUUUAUAACUGGGAAUGUGACAGUAAAGUUGGAAUGAAGCCAAGGAAAAAUUGCUAUGUAAUAGUUUAUUGAAAAACAAAAAUAAAUGUAUCUAACUGUU